AUGGAGGAGACUUUACUGUCGCGACUAGCUAAUGUUAACGCCUCUCAAAGCUCGGAACCUGUCACCAAUACGCCGGCAAGGACACUUCCUAUACCCAAGACUAAGUCAUUGAAUCUGUGGCCAAACGGUGAUGUUAUUCUCACAUGGAAUGUCUUCAAGGAUGCUAUCGCUAGAUGUGGCCAGCAUCGACACUGGGAGACAUAUCGAAAUGAGCUGUCUCCUAGUCACGACCUGACCACACCAACACCUAGCCCAAGCCCCUCCAUCAAGGCGGAAUUUGUUCAUUCAAAUGCUACAGCAAAUGAAUCCCAUUAUGACACCAUCAUGUCAGAUGCUACCACGGCUAAUGCCCCGACUCCGGGACCGCCAGGGCUUACUACGUCUCUCAUCACGAAUUAUGUCGUCAACAUACACAGCAAGUCUCCAAUUUUGGACCUCGAAUUCUUGAGAAAGUUGGAAGAUGAAUUGCUGAAGGAUACCCAGCUUCAAUAUUGGUCAGUUCACAGUGAUCUACCUGCGGGUCUGGAGCCUCCAGAUAUGGCAAUUCUUCUACUGGUGCUUGCAUUAGGUGAAGUUUCAACGAAGACAAAUCCAGAAAAGGAACCCUUGAAACAGUCAUAUUACGUGACCCUCGCACUUCCUUGGCUUGGAGUCACUGCAUUUAGCAAUACACGUCCUAUAAAAGACUUGCAAGCUCAGUUGUUGUUAGCGAGUUACCAUAUGUGGAUCUUGAAGCCGUGGAGAGCCUGGUGCUACGUUGAAACAGCAGCUGCAAAGGCGGAGACGAUAUUAUUGAGAUAUCCGGGUAUCUUCGAGGAGAAGCUGAGCCACCGAGUGCUUUGGGCCGUUGCUAAGAUGCAAUUAGAGCUUACUGAAGAGAUUUAUCCACAUCUAGGGCUGUUGAAGCAAGGUCGACUUGGACAAUUGAUCCAGAGCACACCAAUCCCGCCGCCUCCGCCACAGCCGUUUGAGUGGCCAAGUAUCGGGUCCCAGAUUGACACUGAUACUUGGUAUUACUACCUGGCUGAGACCUCGAGUCGACGGUUGGUUGAACGUAUCAAAGCGGAAUUAUAUACAGACGGCGACGACAAUUCUGGUGAUGCCCCAAACAUAGCUGCUAGUUAUCCACUGGCCCGACUGGAAGCUUGUGAGGAUGAGCUCGCUCCCGGCAGACUUCAGAGGGACCUCACAGCUUCUGUCCGAGCACUCCCCUGCAACAGCGUUUAA